CUCCUCUGUAAAAGUGGGAAAAAACAGAGAAUUUUAUUUUCAAUUGGACAAUUCGCAACGUAAACAGCCGGAAAAUGUCGCGACAAGCCUCUCGUUUGGACGCCAAGAAAGUGAACUCGGAGUUCCUGACACUCACCUAUGGAGCCCUUGUCACCCAGAUGUUGCGCGACUUCGAGAACGCCGAGGACGUGAACAAGCAGCUGGAGCGGAUCGGCUACAAUAUGGGCAUGCGCCUGAUCGAGGACUUUCUUGCCAGGACCUCGGCACCUCGCUGUCUGGAGAUGCGCGAGACGGCCGAUCGUGUCCAGCAAGCAUUCCGUAUCUACCUGAACAUCCAGCCAACGAUAUCGAAUUGGUCGGCAGCCUCCGAUGAGUUCUCUCUGCUGUUCGACAGCAAUCCGCUGACAGAGUUCGUGGAGCUGCCGCCGGAUCUAACCAAUCUGCGCUACAGUGCCAUACUCAGCGGCUGCAUCCGCGGUGCUCUGGAGAUGGUGCAGCUAGAGGUGCAAUGCUGGUUCGUGCAGGAUCAACUGAAGGGCGACAAUGUGACGGAACUGCGCGUUAAGUUCGUGCGGCGUCUAGAGGAGGUCAUACCAGCUGGCGAGGAUUAGAAAAUAAGUGUGGAUCAGUGGAUCAGAGCGCGUACUAUGAGUUUCUUUAGGGGGUCAAUAAAAGCACAUUCUGUAUAGAA